AUGAUGACCAUGUUGAAGCGGGUCGUACAUCCGGGUGACAUUCUGAAAGAUGAACUGGAGGAGAGAGGCGUAUUGCCAGCGAGUUUCGCGAGACAGAUUGACGUUCCGCCCAAUCGCAUCAGCCAGAUUCUGUCCGGCAAGCGUGCGGUGACUGGUGACAGCGCCUUGAGGUUCGGCCAUUGGUUCGGCAUGGAUCCCCAGUUUUGGCUGAACCUUCAAGCGCAGUAUGACCUGGCGAUCGCGGAGCAACUGGUGGGCGCUGAGAUACGUGCCCUCCCCACCUCAGUUGGCGACCGGUAG